AUGUCUCUCCCGCCAGCAACAAAAGACAUUUCAGAACACCCCAAGGCAGGCUCUGUUGUCGCACCAACGGACAAGGCUGCCGAGGAGGCUGAUGUCUCCAGAAAGAUCAACUUCUACGGCGUGAUUGAAGCAUUCCGCCGAGGGCGUAUGCCAGACAAUCAUCAAAUAGACGAGACGCUGCAGUAUUUGCUGAAGACAUCACCGGUGGAUGAAAACAAGCUGUCUCCAGACGGGCGAAAACUUGUUCAAGAUGCUCGUGAAAUCAUCGAAACUGCACGUCUCAUAGUCACUGAGAAAAAUGCCGACGAACUUUUCCAGAAUUUUAUCUGGAAUACUCGCGAUAUUUCUCUUGACAGCGUAAAGAUGGACCCAGACGCAGUCGCACCCGUCGAUCGUGCCAAAUUUGACGAAGACCGCCACACUGCCGUUCGCCAUCUCCGCACUAUUCUUUCCCUUAUUCUCACCAAUUCCGAAGUUCGCAAGUUACUUUCCGACUUCUCGGUCAUUGGACGAGACAUACUUGCUAAAGGAGCAUCCAAAGUCGCUGAGAGCUUGCGUCCCGGCGAGGAAGAGCUUUCCCGUGUCGACGAGGCUGCUCCCCAAGAUGAGUUCGUUACCAAGGAUGGGCGCAAAGCUGGCCCUGGUGAAACACCAGUUCUGAACGCGAAAGUUCCCGGAACGGACACGGUCGUUGAGCAUCACCCCCACACUGAUGAUGCCACGGUAACCACAGGAGAUGGCUCGCAGAAAUCUGUGAAGCAAAUAGUUGGCGAGGGCCGUGCUGCUGUUGAUGACGUCAAGGAUAAUGUGAAAGACAAAGCAUCUCAGGCUCAGGGUACUGUUCAAGAGAAAGCAGACCAGACUCGUCAGCAGGGGAGCGUGGAAGGCGUUGGACCUGACACUUCAUCUUCAGAAACUGAGGGGAAAAAACGGGGGCUUAAGGAACGCAUUCGCAAUUAUGCAGGUGGUAUAUCCGAACGCAUCCCCCAGCAACAGCGAGAUCGAGCCUCCGAGCACAUCGAGCGAGGACGCAAGUUCCUGGCCGAGGAAUACUUCCCUGUGGAGCGCCGUGAUCAAUUCAUUUAUCGUGGCAAGAAGGUUAUAAUUGAGUGCCAAAAGCAUGACGAUUACCAAGAUGCCAUCAGAUGGCUCCUCGACGAAGUCGAGCGAUAUGCAUCCUACGGGCAAACUGCUGCUGGUCACGGCAAAGAACGCGGCAGUGUCAUCACCCAGGAUAGAGCACUUAAUAGUGCCAUGUCUGAGCUUCGUACACUGCUCGAGCGCUUCGCCAACAGUCGCAGCAUGAAUGAUAUCUUUGACGCUUCCAAUGCUCUCAUCGAUGAUGCUCGUCGCGACGACGAGUUUAGGAACUGGUUUCAUCGUUUGAAUACGUAUAUUCGCAAGGUUUUACUUGAGGCGGGCUUUGUGCUGGAAGAUGAUUGCAAUCGCGAGGGUAACAACAUUCUCGAGUCAGGUCGUCAUUUCUGGGACCAAAAGUAUAAAGAGCAUUUCGACAGCCUCUUCGAUGCCAUUGGCAAAUGGUUCUCGGCGAUGGGAGAAGAUCCCUUAAACAAACGCUUUGGCGAAGACUGGGCUCGGUUGACGCAUGACCUACUAUUUGAUAGUGAAGGUAGCUUGAAGUUUAAGACCGAUCUCUGGAGCGAUAUCAGAAAUGUCAUUUUGCCUACGAUGGUGAAACAGGUUGGAUAUUUGCCCAUUCCGCGCGUCGAAUACACCGACGAUACGCUCGACCUUGUCGUUGAGAACCUGACGCUUCAAGGACGCAACCUGUUCCCCAACGUUAUAUCUAUGGAGGCAUAUAACUUUUUUAAGUUUAGCCCGUAUGACGCCAUUCAAGAUCAACGGCAUCACGAGUUCACAAUCACACUCGCACAGAUCCAGGCGGAUAUGCGAGACGUCGCCCUCUAUUUCCGCAAGAAGACCGGGUUCCCAAAAAUGAGGGACUCUGGCAUAGCAGACGUUGUCCUCGGUGGACAAGGCAUGACAGUCACUAUCUAUCUCGUUUCUGCCGACAGAGAUCGCAGCUCCGUUUUCAAAGUCAAGGAUGUGCACGUCAAGGUAGAUUCGCUGAAGUUUAGCAUUCGCGAUUCGAAGCACGAUAUACUCUACAAGACUGUCAAACCUCUUGCGACAACUGUAGUAAAGAAGCAUAUCCAGAAGGCGGUUGCACAGGCAAUCAGGACUGGUCUGGAAUAUCUUGACGGACAGCUCGUCACCGUGAGGGAUCGCAUGGAGGAAACAAAGACAAAGGAGGAAUUGAGUCGCCGUCAGGUGUUACAAGAUCUGUUCAAACACAAAAAGGACGAAUCUACAUCGAUCAAGACAUCGGAGAGCAAGUCUCAUUUCAAGGUUGUCCAUAAUCGGCGCGCUUCAAUGAUUCAAGGAGGACAUCCAGGCGGAUGGGUCAAUCGAACUACCGAACGCGAGGAGAAGGCGAAGGAGGGGAAGGAAUGGAGGAGCGAAGCCUUCUCGAUUGUGCCCGACCCUACCACCUCUUCCUCUUGA